AUGGAUCUCACCUUAACACUGAUGGACACAUGUACAAACAGGGCACCGAGUGUCACAAAGAGUCAGUGCUCCGCGCGGGGCGUGCACGUGCGCGCCUCGUGCAACAUGGCCGCGCCAGCACGCGCUAUCGACCGUGCGCCGGCCCGCCGCCUAGCGACUGACGCGCGAGCACUGCGCGCGCAAUCACUGCUUCUCACCCCUCGCUCGCCGCCCCAUGCCCGGCCCGAACAAACAGCCUCGCCAGGGCUGCCACCUCGUUAUAUCCAGACCUAG